CUCAGUCGACAUCAUUUGUGGCAUAAUGUUGAUUACCACAAAAAUUUAUUUCGAUUCAUCCCUCCUUUUCAUUAAAAAAAAGCACAAAUCUGGAUUGUAGUGAGGCACUUUCAGUGAAAGAAAAUGGGGCCAAUAUUUUGGAGGGUUUAAAGGCAGAAUAUGAAGGUUAUAAUUUUAUAAAAGCACUAACAUUAAUUCUGUUAAAUCUAUGUAUUAUCUGAGCUGUAAAGUUGUUUAAAUCAUCAUUUUUACAGUCAUUUUAGGGUUUGUUGACAUAUCGUCAUAUCAAUGAAGUUGUAGAAUUGGCUAUAACUUAACACAGAAAAGGUUAAUAAGUGAUUUUAUCACUCUAAAAUUAUGUUAACACAGAUAUUGUUUAUGUCUUGUGGCUAUACUUUUGAAACAGUGAGUAUUUUAACAUAUACAAAUUGGCCCCCAUUCACUUCCAUUGAAAGUGCUUUUUUUUUUUAAGAAAAGGAGGAGCAAGUCAAAAUACAUUUUUGUGGUAAUCAACAUUAUGCCACAAAUGCUGUCGAUUGAGCUUAACUUGUAUUGAACCCAGAACAUUCCUUUAAGGUGAAUUGAACAUUUCAAUUGACACUGUUUUUUUUUUUUUUUUUUUUUUCCAAGCAAUUCAUGACUAGAUCAAAGUUUAUAUACAUUUUGUUUAUUACAUGGACUGUUCUAAAAUUAGUCUGUGAAGAUAAAAGCGUGAAAAAAAAAACACUAAAAGAGAAAAGCAUGUUUAUUACAGUAACUGUGUAGGUCAAAAUGGGGUGAAAGUACAUGUUUUCAUUGAUCAUGGUAUCCAUCUCCCCUGGAAUCUACACCCCUGCAUGACUAAAAGAGCCAAUCUCUCAUAACCUGAAAACAACAAUGCAUUCACUAAAUCGUGGAAAUCCAUGGUCUCUAAAUGUGUGUUUUUACUUUUUUUUUCUUUCCCAGGUCAGUUUUCGGAGUUAAUUUCAAGAGCCAAGAUUUAUUUAAAAGAAAACCUGGUUGUAAUACAGACGCAUAAUUUAUAUGCAUCUUAAGAGACCAUUUUAAAAUUAAACCAUUUUAACCACAAAGGGAAUGCUGCUGCUCUGCUUUAUAUCAGACACACGGGCAUGGGGUAGAGCAAGCUGAUAAGAAGGGAAUGUGUGGAGCUGUUAGGGGCCAAAAUGUUGUCAGGGACCCUAGGUGAGAGGGUAAAUGAUGAAAAGUGUGACAAUCCAGCAGGUCGUACUCAGCUGUAAAAACAACAGUGCCAAUAACAGACCACUAGAGCAGAGCAAUCAAAUUGGUCUUUUUCUAAAUUUAUGCUGUUAAGUCUAUUUGUUGGAAAUGCAUUGGAAGUACUGCCCAGAGCAAAAACAGAUGGAUCUUUGUGGGCUGAUGGAGAUACUACGGAGGAUUCAAAACUCUAGCAUCAAACUUCUACUCUCAGCUCUGGUGGUGGUUACUGAUCUCACAGCUGGAGUACUUGGUCAUUUGUUAUUCAGACAGCAUUUUCAUUUCCUUCUUUCUGUGAUAGUGUUGUUUGGACCUGUUCUGAGUCUUUGGGUCUCCAAGUACAGCAUAUUUGGCAACAAGAACCACUACCUGUACAGGGUAUUCCUGCAUUCAUGCUGGGGCUGGACCUGUGUAUUUUGUGGCUCCUUCGUCUUUCUUCUGUCAUACUGCACCAGUAACUCCCUAAUUCAAUCUAUUCGUCAUCUCUCUCGGCUUGCUGUGGCUGGCAUUCUCUGGUCUCUGUUACGCCGUGUACUCUCCUUUCUGGUGGAUGCCUCAGGAAGCUGCUUUGAGACACUCCAUACCACCACAGAAGUCCAUGGGAACCCCAUGAAGCUCCUAGAGUCAGAAACAGACAUUAGAGGCCCUUUGUUGCUACUGAGGCAGGAAAAGGGCAAAGCAGCCUGCCUCAAAGCAGGGCUACAGUGGCAGGGAUGUGAGGUAUCUGAUGAUAUCUUGAUUCUGUGCUUAUGUUGUUUGAUUCUUGCAGAGGAAAUUGGUGUUUUUGAACCAUGCUUGGCUCUAGGGAAGCCUCUAGGGUCGCCACUAAGGAUACUCUUCCUGUUGUGUGUGUUGUUGUUAAAUCUCUGGAUUUUCCUGAUUCUCUGCUUGCUGGCACACUUUCCACAGUUCCCCUCCCAGCUGGUUGGGGGAGCUCUAGGGUAUCUGGGGUGGAAGGGACUUUCUAUGGGCUGGUACACUUUGAAGCCAGACUGGUUCUGCCAGUGUCUUGGAAGACCAGGAGCUUUGUAUGUGUACACCACAUGUAAUACUCCAUCAAAUGGGCACAUUGCAUAAAAAAUAAUCUUCAUUUCAGAUACUUUUGAGAGACGGUGUACAGUGGGCCUAAAAAGUAUUUAGACACUUAAAAGGAAUAGUUAAGCAAAAAAUUAAAAUUCAGUCAUAUUUCACUCCGUCUUAAAUUGUUCCAAAACUAUAUUACUCUCUUCAGUGGAACACUAAAGGAGAUCUAGGCAGAAUGUUAACCCCAGUCACCAUUCACUUUCAUUGAAUAUUUUUUUCCAUACAAUUAAAGUGGUGUUUUUGGGGCUGUCAGUCACUAACAUUCUGCCUAACAUCUUCGGUGUUCCACGCAAGAGAAUCAUAUGCAUUUGGAACAACAUGGGAGUCUUUAUGAUGUCAUAACAAGGCCUCUAUGAUGUCUUAAUGCAGUCUUUAUGAUGUCAUAACAGGGUCUUUUCAUGUCAUAAUUGGGCCUCUAGGAUGUCACAAUGGGGUUUUCAUGAUGUCAUAAUUAUGCCUGUAUUAUGUCAUAAUGGGGUCUUUAAAAUGUCAUAAUUACGCUUCUAUGAUGGGGUACGUAAUGAUGACAGAAAUUUCAUUUUUUGUUUAACUAUCUUUUUAAGUGAUCCUAGCAGUUACAACAGGUAAAGUUCAUCACAAUUACUAUGAAAAGUGUUUUGCUGUAUUUCUUUACACUAAUGGGUCUUGGUUUCAUAUUUUGCUUUAUAUUUAUAAAGAUAUUCAUACAUUUUAAGUGUGGCUUAAUUUUAGCUC